UCCCUCUCUGGGCUCACGCUCUGGAUAAGGAUGGCGUGGGGGCGGUUGUCUGACGACAAUUUCAUUCUCGUUUUGUCAUUUUUCUCAUUUAGCUCAUUUUUGUCAUUUUAGUCCAUCGUUAAGCAUGCUCGAGGAUGACUCCUCCGUAGAGCGGUCGUGGCGGAGGAGGGGCCGGGAGCGUGCGUUAACCCGGAAGAAGUGAACCAGGAAGUGAACAUGAUCUCGGGUUUGUUGGGCUGAAAUGUGGCGGGUCUCGAAAGGUUCCGACCUCAGUAAAGAGAGCUAACGUGUAUUCUUCUUUUUCUUAGAUGCUGAGAUGAAUCGUCACCUGUGUGUUUGGCUUUUUAGACAUCCAUCUCUUAAUGGUUACCUCCAGUGUCACAUCCAGCUCCAUUCUCAUCAGUUUAGACAGAUACAUCCUGAUACAAGGCUGCAAGGUUUUAGACAAAACAGGAAUUGCAUUCUUCAUCUGUUAAGUAAGAAUUGGUCCAGGAGAUAUUGCCAUCAAGACACCAAGAUGCUCUGGAAGCAUAAAGCACUACAGAAAUACAUGGAGAACCUGAGUAAGGAGUACCAAACACUUGAGCAGUGUCUGCAGCAUAUCCCUGUGAAUGAAGAGAACCGAAGGUCCUUGAACAGAAGGCAUGCUGAGUUGGCACCUCUUGCAGCCAUUUACCAAGAAAUUCAGGAGACCGAACAAGCAAUUGAAGAAUUAGAAUCAAUGUGUAAAAGCCUAAAUAAACAAGAUGAAAAGCAGUUACAAGAACUUGCACUGGAAGAAAGGCAAACCAUUGAUCAAAAAAUCAACAUGUUGUACAAUGAGCUUUUCCAGAGCCUUGUGCCAAAGGAAAAAUAUGACAAAAAUGAUGUUAUUUUAGAGGUGACAGCUGGAAGAACUACUGGAGGUGACAUCUGCCAACAAUUUACCCGAGAAAUAUUUGACAUGUACCAGAAUUAUUCGUGCUAUAAACACUGGCAAUUUGAACUUCUGAAUUAUACACCAGCGGAUUAUGGUGGACUACAUCAUGCAGCCGCCCGAAUUUCUGGUGACAGUGUCUAUAAGCAUUUGAAGUAUGAGGGUGGGAUUCACCGAGUUCAGCGCAUCCCCGAGGUGGGCCUGUCCUCAAGGAUGCAGCGUAUUCACACAGGAACGAUGUCAGUUAUUGUCCUUCCUCAGCCAGAUGAGGUGGAUGUGAAAUUGAACCCUAAGGAUUUGCGAAUAGAUACAUUUCGAGCCAAAGGAGCAGGAGGGCAGCAUGUUAAUACAACUGAUAGUGCUGUCAGACUUGUCCACAUCCCCACAGGGCUAGUAGUAGAAUGCCAACAAGAAAGAUCACAGAUAAAAAAUAAAGAAAUAGCUUUUCGUGUGUUGAGAGCUAGACUCUACCAGCAGAUUAUUGAGAAAGACAGGCGUCAGCAACAAAGUGCUAGAAAACUGCAGGUGGGAACAAGAGCCCAGUCAGAGCGAAUUCGGACAUAUAAUUUCACCCAGGAUAGAGUCAGUGACCACAGGAUAGCAUAUGAAGUUCGUGAUAUUAAGGUCCUGUCUGCGCUAAGAGGGAGUUAUUCACAGUGUGUACACCAGGGGGCAUCUUAGAAUUCUCCCUACCACAAUGUGUCUUCAUUAGAUUGAGGUGUUACAGUUAGGCCGUUGGGGAAAAGACUCGGUCAAGAUUGUUCGAUCGUUAACCUAUCUAAGUCGCAUCUAGCAAAGACCACUGACAUAAAUAUAAUAAAUAUAUUAAUGAUGAAGCACAGAAAAAUGUCUGUUUUGUUGCCACUGAAGGAGAAAGUGAACCGGUCCCAUAAAGGACUAUGUGGAAAAGGCAGCAGACAGAAAGUUUGAUCUUUCUCCUUGGUGCCAUGUGAUACCUAAGGCUUCUUUCACUUGACUCUGUCCCAUUCUAUUCUCAAAAUUAAAGUCCUAGUUUUACAAGGGAAAUAUACCUUGUAAAAAAGUCCUAGUUUUACAAGGCUAAUACGUUUUGUUUGUCAAUUUCCGUAUGUCUUAUGCCACAUCCUCUGUCUCCUCAGCAGGAUAAGGCUAUCUUGCAUAGGAACAUAGUAGCCAUGUUGAAAAGGAGGAAAAUAUUUGCUAAUUUCCCUUUCCUCCGGAAACACACAGUAUUAACCAAACAUGUUUGGCCGUAUUGUUCUAAUUACACCAUGUUCUUUAGUUGUUUUUCUGGUAGUGGUGACAAUUUUUUUGGAGACAGCCACAUUCUUAUGACCAGUAAUAUCUUUUAGAUGGGUCCAUAGGUGCAUAGUAUAGUAUUCGGUUGUGAAACAAAGGGAAGAUAAUUAACUGGCUUCUGUAGUUAUAAAAUAUCUGACUUUGGCCUAAAUAAUGAUAUAUCACUAACCAAACUAGCAUGCCAGACUCAGAAGUAAUAAGGAAAAUAACAUUGGUAAGCUCUAAUAAUCACUAACUAGUCUACUGGAAGGAAAGAAGACAUUCCAUAGUAGUGAAAGGAACAAAGUUUGAAAACAGCAUGAAAAAAGGUAGCUGUAGUAAAACAUUAAAAUCUGUGUGAAGGACAGUAAAGAGACUAGUAAGAGUGAAUAAUUAGCUGG